AUGGUUGGUAUCGUCCUCUUAUGACGUUUUCAAGUCAUAUUAUGUCGGUCUAAGUGGAAAUGGUCUAAUAUUACAUUUAAGUCAUACAUAACCCAAAUAUUUCUUAAAUAAUUGUAUGAAAUGGAACAGUUAUUACAUUUUAAUUUACUGUGUAGAAUAUGUAAUUGGGAAGACACUAAUGAGUGUCCCAGGAUUGAGAGAAGGUGGAAUAUCGUUGCGGAUGCCGCUGCUGUGAAGAUAUCAGAAAGAAUAUCACGCGAGCUUGAUAACUGGUUAAGACAGAACAACAUUCUCCGUGUCCUAGACAACGAAAUCAUUGAAGUUUUCAAAACAGAACUCGGAUUGAUUGAUAGCCAAGUGAAAGAACUAGAAGAAUAUUUUGUCAGAAGCCGGGGUGGCAAUAUGUGUAAGGUAAUGUGUAAAGUUCCUGUAAAAGCCUUGUUUCCAAGAAAGAAGACAAAAGUAGAAAAAACAUAUUCAACACUGGGUUGCGCUGUCAGUUGCCUUGGAAUGCUAGACACAUAUAUGAGAAAUGCCAGAAGAAUAUUCAGAGAUUUUAAUCACACAACAAAGGCAAGGAAAAUGUCAGAAGCGGCUGUUCUAAGUAUAGAAACAAUACUGUCACACAAAGAAUUUGGCGGGAAACUGAGAAAAUUCUUUGACCGUUAUUUUAAAGAAAUUGAUGAAGCGGCAAAAGGAAUUUCUGAAUUUGUUAAGGUUAGUAGAGAAAAUUGUUGAAAUGAGGUAAUAUAAAGAUGAGCAUAUUAUUAUUAAGAUCUAAAUUAUCAAAAACUUAAUUUAAAUAAGAUAAAUACUAUAAUGGUU